AUGAAAUUUUUUAACAAUUUAACAAUAUUUUCUGAAGUUGCAGAGGAUUCUUUAGAUUCUAAAAUCGUUUUAGAUAAUGAAGAGGACGAAGAUCUGAUAUUUUCAGAAAUAGUAUCAGAUUUUAUGGAUGAACAAGAUGAUAAAGACUCUGUUGAAUAUUUAGAUAUGGUUCCAGAUUUUUUAGAUGGAGGAGAUGAUGAAGACAAUUUGGAUAUUAACUUGAAUAUUCAUGACAAUGGGUUGGACAUAAACAAAUUUCCUGAUGAAGAAGAAGACAGUUCAGAUGAAAAUCAACAUAAAGAAGAGUUGAAGAAAUUACGAAAAAUUUAUCUUCUAAAAUUUUAUUAA